AUGUACAACAUGGCCCGCUACCUCUCUCUGGCAUUGGUUGUCAUUAUUUCGAGUCUGCUAUUACAGCGGGUCGAUGCACAAAACGUGUCGUCGGACAAUUGCACGACUGGUGUUCAUGCUAUCAUCUCAAGGGGACAAGGGGCUGGUGAUCACUUGAACGUGAUGUUGUCUCUACAAAGCCUGAUUUUGGAGCAAAUCCCCGGUUCUACCAGUCUGGGUCUUCCUUAUGACCAUGAUGCGGACAACAAGUUCACCGCUGUUUAUCAUGGGGCCCAGCUAUUGCAGAAAUAUGUACGAGAAUACGUUGCAAGUUGCCCUGAUGCCAAAGUUGCGGUUGUGGGAUACUCAAUGGGGGCAUGCCUUACAAUGGAUGCCAUCUGUGGGACUUCUUCCGUUGGUUUUAUUCCGGUCUCUGCUCUUGAAAGCUCUUAUACGAAGAACGUUAUUGCUGUGAUCGCAUACGGCGAUGAAACAUAUUUUCCUGGGCAGUUAUGGAACGUGGGAAACUGUACCCUUGGUAUUGGAGUUGACAAGAUACCACAGGAAUUCCCUCGCCUCAAUCCGAGAUCAUGCAACCCUUACGAAGCUUCUCUACAUUCGUAUUGUGACUAUGGUGAUUCGCAAUGUGAGAAUACUCUAUCUUUGUGGAUCAACGGGGGCUCAUGGAAACUUACCAACAAUCUAUUCAUAGGCUGUGGUAUCUACCCGCUAGACAACAAUGCCGCCCAUCACACAUAUAUCGAAAAGUAUGACCAGGACGUGGUAGAUUUCAUCCAGAGUCGACUCAAAGAGGGUGCAUAG